GUGACGCUACAACCUGUGCUUGAUCCUUCCAUCGCUUCAAAUGGCACUAGUAAGUCGCGCCUCAUCCAGCGUGGUCCAUUUGACGAGGCGCGGCCUACAAGGAAUGACGACAUGAAGCUUGUGUGGACGGGCAGCACGUCGAAUCCUAUCGGUCUAAUCAUGUUUGCUCCAAUGAUUUCUGCUGUAUCAGUGAAAACACUAACACAUCUUCUCGACGACCAGCAAUUGCUUGACCAACUAAAAGCAGAAAAGUUUGACGUCGCCAUCACCGAGCUGUUCGACUUCAUGGGAGUAGGUGUUUUGGAAGCAAUCGGUCUCAAAAAUAUUGUCGGGGCACACUCGUCUACCAUCAUGGAGGGCACGGCGCUCGCACUGGGUGUGCCCGUGAUUCCCAGCUUCAUGCCAGGCUCUUGCAGUGUUACUGAUGACUCAACUGAUAUUUGGACCCGCGCCAUGAACUUGGUGUUCACGACCGCCUCAUGGUACUUUCAAACAGGGAUAGCCAGUGCCGUAGAUCGAUUGUUGAAGGAAAAACUCGGUACUAAAGCGACUCCCAUCUGGCAUACUGUUUCAAAUAUGUCAUGGGUAUUAGACAAUUCUGAACCACUACUGGAUUUCGAGAAGCCAACUCUUCAUAAAGUUGUUCACAUCGGCGGAAUGAGUGUACACAAACCGAAGCCGCUAAGUAAGGAGUGGGAUAGGAUACUCAAUCUCAGACGUCGAGCGAUACUCAUCUCUUUCGGCAGCGUAGCACAAAGUGUACUCAUGCCUGACUUGAUGAAAAUGACAGUUCUCGACGUGGUCAAAUCGUAA